AGAUCCCUUCUGUGUUGCUGUACUCGGUGUUUUUAGCGGCCGUUUCAAAUGAUUUUGCUUGCUCUUCCCUCUUCUAUACGAAUGAUCACUAAAGCAAGGGGUAGAUCGUUGAUGAAUAGCACAAACAAUGUCAGUCCGAGGACACUACCUUGAGGCACUCCACUUCUAACAGAUCUAGGUUUUACAUACUGGGAGAGAGAAGGCACAUUUUACAUAACAGAACUAUGGCUGCCCGAAAAAAAUCACAGCCUCUUCCAGAUGAGAACUUUUACAGCAAACUAGCUGCAGAUUUUGAUGAAAGUGAAGAGAAUUCAAGUGUCUCAGAUGCUGAUGUCAAUGCUCUCACAAAAGCAUUAGCUGAUAUGGAUGACAUGGAUGAUGCACUUUUCAGUUCUUCACUCAAACCAAAGAAGACCCCCAGCAAAGAGGCCCCCAGCAAAGAAAACAAAUCUGCUAAGAACAAUGGAUCAUUGAGAGAUACCCCUAGUCCUGGGCUGAGUAGGAAAGGAACAUUUAACAUCAGUGAUGACCAAGAUGAUGAUAUAUUUAAGACAUAUGAUAUUGAGAAGAAAGGUUCAAAAGCUGAAGAAGAUAAAAAGUCAUCUAGCCUCUCCAAGACCUUCCCUGGUAGAUCUAAACCUAAAUCAUCAUCUUUUGACUUUGGAGAGUUUGAUGAAGAUGACCCACUUGCUGGUCUUCUGUCUGACGAUGAAGAUGCGCCAAAACCAAAGAAAAAACCUGUAACUAAGACUACAAGAACUCCAGUACAGGCGGAUUCACCAAUAGAGGAACAUGCUGUGUCUUCCAAGAAAUCUGAACCUAUAGGAUCUAAUCAAAGUAAAGACAAUCUUCUAACAGAAAAAGACAAAAACAAAACACCAACUGUAAGCAAGUCUACAAAGUCUAAGAAAGCAGACGACAUUGAUUUUGGCGAUGAUGAUGAGGGAAUUUUGGAUGGAUUAGGUUUUGAUGACACACCAAGAGACGUCCCAAAGCUGGAUAAAGAGCAAGAGGCUGCCAAAGCUAAGGUCAGUGACCUGUUUGGAAAGACCAGUAUACUUGAUAAGCCACCUACAAGUAAAGGUCGAACAAAAGAAUUCCAGCUAGAUAGCAAGUACACGAAACAACAAACAGCCCCACCUGCACCGAAAGAGGAAGACUUCACUUUUGGUGGUUACACCCCCUCCUCUGUGACCUCAAAACGACCUGACUCUGCUCCUCCUGCUAGAAGAGGUGUAAGGUUUGCAGAUGAAGCAGAUGAUGAUGAGGAUAUCUUUGGUAACUCCACAAUGGAUCGACCUCGUAGAACAGGUCUAUCUCGUCAGUCGUCUACGUCCUCUUCUCCAACUAAACAGACUGCUUCUAGAUCAGAUGAUUGGUUAAAUGAAGCAGUUGGAUUGAGUGGCUCCAAGCAGAAAACAGAGGAAAAGAAACAAAUACCUAAAGCUGAUUCUCUCAAACAGCAUGGAGAGGUUGGAAGACCAAGCCUACAAAUAGACAAUGUCCAGUCUACUGGAAAUGACAAGGAUAAGAAGAUUGGAUUAGAAGGAGGGAAGGAUGGUAGCAAGAGAUCAGGAUCAGCUGCUGAUUAUCUAGGAUUAGGAGGAGAUGAGAUAGAUGUUGACUCCAUUGCACAGCCCAAACAGGUAUCUCCAAGAGGGGAGAGACUUUCUAAGCAGGAAUCCGGAGAUAAUCUCUUUGGCAAACCAGCAAACAGGGAUGCAACGUCACCACUUCCUUGGGAGAAUGAAAGCCCAAGAAGGACAGGACGAAGAAAUACCAAUCUGAGUUCAACUGGUGAUCUUGGGAGUACCUUUGAUUCUAUCAAUUAUAGUGAUGAUGAUGAUGAUCCACUUGGUAAUAGUGAUCCUCUACGAGCCAGUCUUAUUGCUCAACAAAUCAAACAGCUUGCUGCUAUGGAGAAAAAUGAACCAACUCAAAAACCUGGAGAGGGGGUACCCCCAGUUACCUCAAAUACUACCAUCACCAAGCCCCCUACCCCUGUACCCACCUCUCAUGCAAACCAGAUUGAAGCGAGUAGUGGAAAGUCACAUAGCAGCCCUUUACAGCGGCAGUCAUCUGCUACUUCAAUCUCAGGGGAUCACAAACAGCCUAUCUCAGGGAGACGGGAGCCAAAGUGGAGGCAGGAGAUGAGGCAGCAACAGCAGCAACAAGGUCUCAAUACUUCAACACUUACCACACAACAACCACCAUCUUCUCAACCUCCCUCUGCAGUCUCUACCACACCAGGUGCGCCUGCUGCAACUCCAGCAACAAUGGAUAGACUAAAACCAGCAACACCUGUAUCUGCUACCACGCCAUCAAGGGACGUUGGUGGUGUUGUGAGUGAUAUUGACGUAAUGGCAAGGUUAAACCAAGAGCAGAGUCAGAUGGAGAAGCAGAGGGAUAGUGCACUUCAAUAUGAGGCAACAAUAAAACAACAACAGCUCCAAAUGGCAGCUGAGCAUGAGAAACAGAUGCGACUGAUACAAGAACAACAACAGAAGGCAAUGCUACAACAGCAACAGCAAGCCCUUCAACAGCAACAAGAAGCAAUGAAGCAGCAACAAGCCAUGAUGCAGCAACAGUUUCUACAACCGUCAUCCAUUCCUGGUCUAGGUCCUGGUCUAGGCCUCAGUUAUGGUCUAGGUGCUACUCCUGGUAGUAGUUCUGGUCUUGGUGGUUCUAAUUUUGGAGGAAUGUCAUCAGGCAACACUUGGCUUGAGAAUAAGGUUCGCCAGCUUGAGAAUGAAAAAUCUCAGCUCGAGUCUUCUAUUCAGUUCCUUGAGAAGCACCAUAAACAACAGCUAGAGACAGUUGACACCAACCAUCAGAGCUAUAUAGCUCUCCUAGAAGAAGGAGCUAAGAAGAGAGAGAAUAGAAUAAAAGAAGAUUCACAAGAAUCAGCCAAGCGCUAUGAGGAAAGACUAGAAUCUAUCAUCGUUGAGAGGUCAAAGGUCGUAGGUGAACAUCAAGCCAGGAUAGAGCAGACGUAUACAGAGCAUGGUCAAGAAAUGAAAACACUCAAGCAGAUACACAAGCAAGAGAUGGAAGAGCUAAGAGUACAAAGUCGCUUAGAAGUGGAAGAAACCAGGAAAGCAAUGCAAUGUCAUGUGGACUCACUGAAAAACAGUUCUAACCAUGCACAGUCUCUAAAGGAUGUAGUAGAGAGAGUGGGUCUAGUAGGGGAUCAAAUCAAUUCAUUACAGGGAAGAGUAUCAGGUGAACAUCAAUUUCAGCUAGAUAAUCGUCUCCAGGAGGUAAAGGAUAGAGAGGAAGAAGCAAAGAGAAUUAAGAAAAGAUUAGAGGAACAAGAAGAAACCAUGAGCUUAGAAAGAGAGAGGUUACAAGCGACAAUAUCAAGACUUGAAGCUCACAUCAAAGAACAGAAUAUUCAGAUGGAUCAGGAUAGAUGGAGGUUGCGUCAGGAGCAGAAUAAACUAAGCAAUAAUCAGAAGAUGAUGGAAGAAGAAAGGAAAGUAAUGUCAGAUCAUCUUGCUGCAGAACAGGCAUCUUUACAACAAGCAAAGAAUGCUGUUUUAAAUGAGCAAAAGACUCUCAUGGAGCAGUGUAUGGAAGAGAGAAAAGCUCUUGCUUCUGAGCGUGCUCAGUUUGCUACAACUAGAAGAGAAUGGGAAGCAAAGAUGAAAGAACAAUCUACAAAAGCUUCUCAGGAGCAGGCUACAAGGGAAGGAACACUGGAGAGUCUAUCAGCAGAACGCAUCCAGAUGUCACUGAACAGAGAAUCACUUCGUAAGGAGCAGAAUGACCUGGAGCUACGAAGACAGGAGCUAGAGAAGAAGCAGGAGGAGCUCCAGACGGAGAAAGCGAGGCUCCAGCGGCUUGGUGACUCCCUUCAGACCCGGUCUAGGGAGCUCCAGGGGAUGGUCUCAGAUGCAGUAAGAGUCAGGGAGGAAGGGGAAGCAGCUUUGGUGAAGGCACGUAAGAUAGAAGGGCAACAUAUAACAAGGAAACAGGCUCUUGAACAUCAACUUGAAGAACUGAGAGUAACAGAAAGGAAGAUAGCAGAGGAUAGAGUGCAGAUAGCUGAAAAUCAAAGAUCAUUAGAGAUUUCAGCAGGGUCAUUACUAUGCAAACAGUGUGCUUCAUCUUUAUCAAUGCAAAACAUACACUUACCCCGGCAUUCUCAGGUCCCUCUCUCAAACCCAAUCCCUAUGAUGAUGUCAUCGGCAGCUGGUCCUGGUUUCAUGAUGUCUUCACACUACCCUGGGAGUGAGGUAAUGCCUUCUAACAUGGCAGACAGUCUUCUUAACAAGGCAGAACAUGAUAGGACUGUUAACGUUUGGAAACUUGCUGCCGAGAAGGACAAAGAAUUCUUAGAAGAAGAGACGUCUUACCUGGAGUCAUUGAAUAAUUCUUACAGAGUACCAGCGGUCAUCUAGAUAUUGAAUAUUUCCUACUGAGUACCAGGUGGUGGUCAUCUAGACAUUGAAUUAUUCUUAUAGAGUACUAGCGGUCAUCUAGACAUUGAAUAAUUCCUACAAAGUACCAGCGGUCAUCUAGACAUUGAAUAAUUCUUACAGAGUACCAGCGGUCAUCUAGACAUUGAAUAAUUCCCACAAAGUACCAGCGGUCAUCUAGAUAUUGAAUAAUUCUUACAGAGUACCAGCGGUCAUCUAGACAAUGAAUAAUUCUUACAGAGUACCAGUGGUCAUCUAGACAAUGAAUAAUUCUUACAGAUUAACAGCGGUCAUCUAGACAUUGAAUAAUUCCUACUGAGCACCAGCGGUCAUCUAGACAUUGAAUAAUUCCUACCAAGUACCAGCGGUCAUCUAGACAUUAAAUAAUUCCUACUGAGUACCAGCGGUCAUCUAGACAUUGAAUAAUUCCUACCAAGUACCAGUAGUCAUCUACACAUUGAAUAAUUCCUACUGAGUACCAGCGGUCAUCUAGACAUUGAAUAAUUUCUACCUAGUACAGGCAGUCAUCUAGACAUUGAAUAAUUCCUACUGAGUACCAGCGGUCAUCUAGACAUUGAAUAAUUCAUACCAAGUACCAGUGGUCAUCUAGACAUUGAAUAAUUCAUACCAAGUACCAGUGGUCAUCUAGACAUUGAAUAAUUCAUACCAAGUACCAGUGGUCAUCUAGACAUUGAAUAAUUCAUACCAUGUACCAGUGGUCAUCUAGACAUUGAAUAAUUCAUACCAAGUACCAGCCGUCAUCUAGACAUUGAAUAAUUCAUACCAAGUACUAGUGGUCAUCUAGACAUUGAAUAAUUCCUACUGAGUACCAGCGGUCAUCUAGAAUCCUCUUACCUGGAGUUAUUAAAUAGUUCCUACUGAGUAUCAGUGGUCCUAACUAUGCAGUCAAUUGAAAUCACUCUUUGAAGGUUCAGUUUUGAAAAAAAAAAAAAUUCACAUUCAGUGUCGAGCCUUUAUUGUACAUGUAUAUUAUAUAUUAUACAAAUAGAGAAUAGGCAUGAGUGCGAUGGUGCAAGAAUUUGCAUUAAGGUGAACGAAAGAUGCUCUAUUCAACAAGGCAUAGCCGUGUUGAAUCAAGUCUUUCUUUCACUGAAUACCAUCAUAUUAACCCUUAUUGAACUGGGGGGGUCAAAUUAACCCCCUCAACAAAUUGCGUCACUACGCCUUUGCGCAAAUUUUUUUUGACCGCGCCGCUCGCUGACUUUUUACCUUUAAGUCUUACGCAUCUUUUGAGACCAAAUUUUCGAUGCCCGGGUAUGCGGUAAUGAAAUAACGCAACAUUUUGCAAGUGCAUGUGAGACCCAAAAUUGCUAAAAAACGUGAUUCUGUGUACAAAGUCAAUGCAAAUUGUGUUUUUCAACAAAAAAUCAUAAAUGUAUGAUUAUUUUUACUUUUGUUGGUUUAAAUGGAUUUAUUUUAUGUUAUUUACGAUUGUAAAAGGGUCCAUGUUAAAUUUCAUCGGAAAAAACGAUAAAAAACAAAAGUAAAAAAAACAAAAAAGAAAUACAUAAGAAUUUUAAAAACAAUAAAAUACAUAAGAAAUUAAUUAUAUUUUUGUAAUUUUUUUGUAGAUAUUUGUCCAAAAUGUUAAAAUUGAAACUCACCAAAAAUUAGCAUUCUACUAGCAAUACAAAUUGAGUCAAAGGCAAAAACAUACACAAAAACCCAAAUUUAGGGCCAAUUUCUUACGCUUAUUUGCAUAAUUAAUUUAUAAAAAACAAACAAUUUUUUGAAAAUUUCACUAUAAAGUCUUGUAGUUUACAGAUCGUGCAAUCAGCGGCCGAGAUCUGAGGGGGAAGGGUCAAUUUGACCCCCCCCCCCAGUAUAUCCUGGUCUGAAAAAGCCCAGUCAAGAUAGGGUUAAAGAAAAGUCAAUAAAUAACGAACAUAAUGUUAAUGAUAAUCCUUCCCAAACGUAGUAGUACAUAACAGAGCCUGACAAAACUCAUCCUAUUUUUACAAAGGUUUAUUCCUGUGUUCAUGUUAAUUGCCUAAUUUUUCUAAACUGAUUAACAAAAUUUAUAGUGUUUUUUUUAAUGGUUAAAAUAUUUAGACAAUAGGCCCUAGAUUUGAGUUUGGUUUACUUGUUUCUGUGUACAGCACAAUUAUCAGUGUGGGAGUGCAUACUGUAUUGUUAAUCUUCAACUAGGGCUGCUUAUCUGCUGUCGUUGCCAUCUCGCUCUUGAGGGGUGAACUUUAAACUUGUUAUCUCCUUUGAAAUGUGAAGGUUAAACAAUGGCUAGUUACGAAGAAAGAACCAUGUAUGUUGUUUUUAAUACUGGUAAAUGUCAGUGUGUUUGUUAUAUUGAUAUUGUGCUGCUUCUAUUUAAAUAGGGAACACUGAAUGGAAAAUAAUGUUAAAUUAUACUUAU